AUGCAAAAAGACAAGUCUGUGACCCCUGGCUCCCCGGGAGAGAACGUCCGCGAGUAUAAGGGCGACAAUGAUGCUAGCACAGCCACAAUGGAACACUUCGAGAUCGAACCGGCACCACAUCUUCAUCUGAAGACGUACCUACUAGUUGCUGCCGUGUCAUUUCUUUCCUUUGCCACAUUCAUACAGCUGGUCACAACAGGCGUUUUUGCAAGCGCUGUCGCCGAGGCUACAGGAGGUGUGGGAAAAGAGAAUUGGAUGCUUGCCUCCCUCACACUGACUUUUGUGGUUUUUUCUCCUCCUGUUAGCCGAGCAGGAGAUCUUUGGGGCCGACGGUGGCCUCUAAUCAUUCUGUCAGCUAUGGGAUGCAUCGGAACUCUGAUCACCUCCCGAGCACAUACUAUCGGCGUUGCAAUUCUGGGCGAGGUUUUGGUAGGGGCCGCAUUUGCGUCGACACCUCUUCAAUUUGCCGUUGCCUCCGAAGUCCUGCCUCGUCGACAGAGACUGUCAGGACAAGCCUGCAUCAAUAUGGCUGGAGGGUCUGGCUCAAUAUUUGUGCUCCUCGCAGGAGGCAAGAUGCUUGAUGUAUACGGUGUGCAGGCAUUCCGAUAUAUAUAUUACAUCAAUUCCGGAGUGUUCGCUAUUGGCGGCCUUAUUUGUUUUGCUGUAUAUCGACCUCCGCCACUCAGCCUUCAAAAGUCCUUGACUCAACGCGAGAAAUUAGGCAAACUGGACUUGCCCGGAUACGUGCUCUUGAUGUUUGCCGUGGUCUUGACCUGCAUGGGUCUGUCGUGGGCAAAUAAUCCAUACCCAUGGAAUGACGCCCACGUUCUGGCGCCAAUGAUCAUCGGUCUGAUACUUUUUGGCUUCAUUGGAAUCUACUGCUGGAAGAUUGGAAAGAACAGCUUCAUACCCCCUGCUUUAUUCUCUCGUGACCGAAAUGCCGCGAUAUGUUUGUUUGCGAUCUUCAUUGAAGGCCUAGUUUUCGCUGCUGCCAACCUCUAUGUACCAGCACAGAGUGCUAUACUAUACGAGAAGACAAGACUCAAUGUCUCGCUUGUGUUCACUGUCGUGUUGGUCUGCUAUGUGGGAGGCAGUCCAAUCGUCGCUUGGAUCUGCUACAGAUUCAAGAUCCUUAAGAUCCUCAGCAUUGCGGGCUACGUGUGUUUGUUGGCUUGGGCGAUCUGUAUGGCUACCACAACGUUGGGUAGCCGGACCAGUGUCUGGGGCUAUCAGCCACUUCUCGGGGCUGCACUUGCGCUCAUCAUGAAUGCAGUGGUUUCUGGCGCACAGUUGAGCGCGCCCCCAGAAUUAAUGUACGUCCAUUCAGCACUUUCAAAAAUAGUGAUUCAAGAUCUAAUACAGCGCAAUCUCAGCGCAACUACAAGCGGUCUAAUCGCGGGACUUAGAUCACUCGGUGUCACGAUUGGCGUUGCGAUAUACACCGCUGUCUUCAGCUCACGGUUCAAAGUCCUACUCCCAGCAAAAGUUGCGCAAGCCGCUCUGCAAAGUGGCCUGCCGGAAUCAUCUCUUCCGGCACUUAUCCUGGGCCUGGCUACCAACGACGCAGAGGCGCUCGCGGCCGUGCCUGGGGUCAGCCCUACUAUAAUCACUGCCGCUUCCAACGCCCUGAGAGCAGCUUAUCUUGGUUCGUUCAGAGCUGUUUGGAUUACAGCGUCGUCCUUAACUGCGGCCGGACUAUUUGCCACCUUCUUCCUCGCCGACGCCGCCCAGGAUCUAAAUAAUCAUAUCGACAAUCCCGGCGAGUCUGAGGAGGCGCUAUAUUCGAAGAAGUGA